AUGACUUUAAUUCUAGGAUAUUUUGCUUUUGUGUUACUGUCACAAUACUCUCUGGCAGCAACGACGUGGGGGGCGACGACAGUUAGUGCGACUACCACCACAAUUACGUCUACCACCCUUACUGCGACUGCCACGGAUGAAAGUGUUCUUCUAGUUGAAGCUAGUGGAGUAGCAUAUCUGACUAAUGUGAUCAUCGUCAAGACUGGAGAUGCAUCGGAUGAUACAUCGCCAUCUAGCACCAACCUCAAUGCUGCCAUUGGUGUGGCUGAUCCCGGAACGGUCUAUUUGACUGACUGUACAAUUACAACCGAUGGAGUCGGUGCCAAUCCGCUGAAGCUCUAUGAAGAUGGAUCCUACGCAUACGUAUACAAUCUCGAAGUAACAGCGCGGGGAGACUAUGCACAUGGCGUAUAUGCUGCCGGGGGAUACAUCUACGGUGAAAACGUGACGGUCACUACUUAUAACACAUCCGGGAGCGCAAUCGCCACUGAUUCAAAUGCGGGAACUAUCUAUAUCAAGACUGCGACUGCCUACACUUAUGGCGCCAAGUCCGCACUGGUGUACUCUACUGGCAAUAUUACCGUCGAAGACCUGACUGGUUCAACAUAUGAAGCCUCAGGAUGCGUUAUCGAUGGCAGUAAUUCGUGGACACUCGUGAACCCAGAUAUAAGUGCAGCCCCAACUGCUUACGGCGUCUUCGAAACACGAGGUACGGGAGAGCGCCUCAGUAGCCCAGCUACAAUGACAGUGAAUGGUGGCUCAGUCGCUGAAACUAGAGGUGAUGCUGGCGUGAUGUUCUGCUCUAAUAUCGACUGUUACUACUACCUGGACAAUGUAAGCAUCUCGACCAAGUCCGGUAUUUUGGCAAAUUCAUCCGCCGCAGACUGGGGGAUAUCGGGCUCAAAUGAAGGUGGUCUGUAUGCUUAUUUGGCCGAACUCGAUAUCACUGGGGAUGUAUAUGUCGAUGAUAUCUCCACAGUAGCCAUAUACCUCUAUUCAACUUCUUGGAGUGGCGCUAUCAACCCCGAAGGUACAGAAGGCAAUGCGACUGUAUACGUGAACUCAGAUAGCACAUGGACAGUGACUGGGACGUCCUAUGUCACCGUCAUUUCAUGCGACGAUAGUGAUUGCAGCAAUAUAUACAGUGAUGGCUUUACUGUAUACUAUGACAGCAGUGAUAACAGCUGGCUUGGAGGGGAGACUAUCUCGCUCAGCGGAGGUGGCGAGCUAACACCGAGCUGA